AUGCAAAACUCCCGUCUCACUCAUGGGAUUCGACCGAGUCCGAAACUUUCACCGAUCCUGACGGCCCGCUCACAACGUCGAUUCUUACACCACAUUCGCCAUGAGACAAAACCAUACAACGUCGCGGUAAUUGGAGGCGGUCUCACAGGACUCACAGCUGCAUGGAGGUUACUUCAAGACCCGAAAUGUCAGAAAAUCACACUCUACGAAAAGUCCUCCCAGCUUGGAGGUUGGCUUCAGUCUGAGAGAAUUGAGGUUGGUGAUGGGAAACAUGUGGUGUUUGAGCACGGGCCGAGGACGAUUCGCGCGAGUCAGCCUGCUGUUAUGCCUAUGUUAGAUUUGCUAUUCAGCUUGGACCUGAGCGAGCAAAUAGUCCUCAUUGGCAAGACUUCACCGGCUGCACGCAAUCGCUAUGUCUACUAUCCCGACCAUUUAGUUCGAAUGCCCGGCCCUAAACCCGGUGGAGGCACGUUGAGCACAAUAUUGGAAACGCUCACGACUAUCUUCACGGAACCUAUAUUUAAAGGCACCGUUAUGGGCAUCUUGAAAGAACCUGCCGUGGAAACUCGCUCAAUUUCAGAUCUCAGGAAGGAUGAGUCGGUGGGAGACUUCAUUUCACGCCGAUUUGGUUCCAAAGUAGCGGAUAACCUUGCGUCGGCCGUAUAUCAUGGAAUUUACGCAGGUGACAUCUACAAGCUCAGUGCCGAUACCAUACUUGGACCACAACGACUUCAUGAAGCUCAACACGAGUCGGUCAUAAUAGGCGCGAUGGAAAUGAUGCAACAAAAGAAAAAGAUUAUUCCAGCUGAUCAUCUAUUGGCAAUGUUCUCGGUAGUGGGUCAACGGCCAAUGAACCACUUUGACCGUCUUGGUGUAUUGGUGGGCCCCGCGAGCGUUUUUACAAUUAAGGAUGGUCUUGCAGAGAUAGCGCGCGCAUUUGAAAGGGGGUUCAAGAAGCACUCGGAAAAGAUCGAAGUGGUGACCGACGCUCGCAUCAAUGAUAUCAAACGGGAAGAUAACCAUGAUAUUACGAUAUCGUUGAAAGAUGGCAAUAACACUAGAUCCCAGACCUUCAACAGGGUCAUCUCCACAGCACCGCCGACUGAAAUGGCCAGACUGAUCGAAGCGGGCUCAGAACACGACAGCGAAAAGCCUAUUGAAUCUAUAUCAAGACUUAAAGCACAAAACUACGCAGUGAAUGUAAUGGUCGUCAAUCUAUUCUACGACGACCCCAAUCUGGUGCCUUACCGAGGCUUUGGGUACCUUAUCCCACGAAACGUCCCCUUUGAGCAAAACCCAGAGCGAGGAUUGGGCGUGAUUUUCAGCUCAGAAACGAGUGAACAUCAGGAUACCGCAGUCGGAACAAAGCUGACCGUCAUGAUGGGUGGUCACUGGUGGGACGGCUGGACAGAGUCUGAUCUGCCUGGCCCAGAAAAGGCGACAGAAAUGGCUCGGUCGUUGCUUAAGCGACAUCUUGGUAUUGAUGCGACUCCCGUCGUGACUCGAGCCAGACUUCAACGUGACGCUAUCCCACAAUACACCGUGAACCAUUUAGUGAAAAUGGGCGGACUCUCAGACGCGAUCCGAAAGGACUUUGAUAGACGUCUCACACUUGCGGGAAACUGGUAUGGUACGCAUGGUGUGGGUGUCAAUGAUUGUGUUGUCCAGGGUUAUUUGGCAGCUGCUUGGGGCGUGGAUUCAAUAGAGGGCAUCAAGGAUUUCCCGGUGGGUAUGCCCACGGAUCUGAUGGAUGAGCAAGCAGGUGGUAUUCCGACUUCGACGAAGCGUUAUUUGGGGCAACAAGCGCACAGAGUUCAGGACAAAUAA